UUCUACAUUCUUCUUGAGAAGAAUCGAUCACAGAGCUUAGAUUUCUAAAGCUAUAGCGCAAAUGAGAGCUUGAUAAUGAUCGAAUCGUGCAAGGGAGCUUCAUCAAAGAGGUCCACCGUAAAAAUCAGAACCAGCAAUUGUCGGGACGGAUUUUAAUCUCAUCGGCCCCCGGGGUGGAAUCAAUUUCUACUUAGCCCCUUAUAAGAAAGAAGAGUUUAAUUGUUUAAUUUAAUUCAGAAAAAUAGUAAAUGACCAAAAAAAUAUGGGCUUUUCAACAUAAUUACAGACCCAACCUAACUUUGGAUCUAGAUCCAUAUUUGUUGGGUCGGAUUUCGGAUCUUUAAUUCCCAAUUCUCCUAACUUCGACUAACUUCAAGCCCUAACCCUAAUUUUCAUUUUUUCCUUCUUCUUUUCUCUCUCGACAAACCGACGAGACCCUCCGACGUUCUCUCGAAAACAAACCGACUUCGCCGUUCUCUCAUCGCCGAUAAAACUCUUCUUCUUCCCUCUUCUCUUGUUCGCCAACAAAGGAUCCGCCGCCACAAACCAAAUCCAAGUUCAUCCGCCCUUCUCUUUGUUGGUUUACAAUGGCUAUUACCAGAGGAGGAGCUUCUAGUUCUAAAAGUGUACCAUCUUGUUCUAGAAGUGAACAAUUUGCCGAGCUUAGAAGUUCCAAAAGACAAAAGCAAUCGGAUCCAAAGCAUUCAGAGACAGCAGCUGCAGUGGAUGAUGUCAUGGAAGAUCAAGGAGUCGAACCGUCUUUGGAGAAUGAUGUGUCUGACCAUGAGGAAACUCAGAUGGAUAUGGAGGAGGACUCUGUACCUCUUCAACCUGAGAGGUUUUUUUUUAGUCCCGACAAAUAUGUAAAGAAUUGCAAGAUAUCAACAAGGUGUAGCAUUGUUAAAACGUUGGCUGCUUUGGAAAAGCUCUCGGAGACGGAAAAGCAAUGGUUUAGAGACCACAAGCAGUUCAAACACAUAUGGCAUCUGAUUAGACAGGACAAGAACAAGGUGCAGGGUAUGUGGCUGCUCCUUCUCCGGAAUACUUCAAUAGAGAAGAAGAAGGUAUGCUGGUUCGUGGUGAACGGCGUCCCAAUACGCUACUCGAUGAGAGAACAUGCUCUCAUCACUGGUUUUGAUUGCCAUGAGUAUGCUGCAGAUUUUAAUGCUGAGAGUUUUGGUAGCUGGGAGUUUGUGGAGAGAGUCUUUGGAACUAGGAAAGUACAAGUGAAUGAUGUGGAAAAUAUGCUGCAGUCAAUGGAUGGUGUAUGUGGUGGAGAUCGCUUGCAAGUGGCUGUCCAACUUUUCUUAAGCAAGGUAAUCAGAGGAAGGAGAAAGUUUAAUACCAUACAUCCUUUCAUUUUGAAGAUAGUGAACAACUUGAGAGAUGUAGAAACCUUUCCUUGGGGGAGGAAUACUUUUGAAGAUAAUUUGGAUACGAUCGAGCACAUGAUGAACCAUCUAGAUGGCGAAGUGCAUGACGACUAUUUAUUUCCAGGGUUCAUAAUUUCUCUAGAGGUUUUGGCAUUUGAGUGCAUUCCCGAGCUGUCCAAACGAUUUCAAAUAGCUGUAAGAGGCGCAAAGGAUCAAUGUCCACUGAUGUGUAAGCGUAAAUUCAAAGAAACUGGAAUGUCUGGUUUUCCACUUGAAGAACUGAACAAUGCACUAGGGACAACUAAGGACAUCAUUAGUAUCCUUAAACCAUCAGCGGGUGAGGAAGCUUUUUUGCUUAGCAUUAUGGAGCGAGCUGAAGUUGAAGAUUCAAUAGAUCCUAUAGCUGAUGCGUGGAACAACCGUCUUGAUGUAGAACAGAAAAGUAUUUGGUGGGAGAAUCUGUAUAAGUUAGAUGUUGCUGCUCGAGGAUUUGGAGAGGUAAAUGUUCCAGCAGCUUCGUAUAGGGAAGAGCCGCAGCAAGAUGUUCCAGCAGCUUCACAUAAGGAGGAGGAGGAGCUGCUUUUACCUUUUGUGAUAAAAAGGAUGGUGAAAACGGCGGUUGCCGAAGCUAUGAAGGAUGUGUAUAAGAGAUUGGAGAAGCUUGAGAGGGAAGCUGAAGCAAGGAAAGAUGGAGAAUGGGAUGAGGCGGGUGUUAGAGGUUGUUUUGAGAAGAAUGGUGUUGACACAUUUGAUGAUGAGACAGGUUUUGAGAAGAAUGGUGAGCCGGCUUUUGAGAAGAAUGUUGAGUCUGGUUUUGAGGAGAAUGUUGAGCCAGCUGUUGGAGGUGAUGAUACAGUUGAUGAUGGCUCUAUUGGUGGGCAGAAAACUGGGGGUGAUGAGGCAGCUGAGUUACAGAUGGUUGGUGAAAAGGAAACUGGGGGUGAUGAGGCGGCUGAGUUACAAAUGGUUGGUGAAAAGAAAACUGGUGGGGAUAUCGUAAAAAAGCAGAAGUUCAAGCAGUGUGCUAAGAAGAAAUGUAACUUGGCACCGAAAAGGAAACUAAAGCCUUCAAUCCAUGUCAAGGCUCCUUAUACUGAAGAAAAGGCGAAGAAGGAAAAGAAGAAGGAG